AGGGCUAACAUUGCCACCCCACCUCGCAGGGGAAAGCAGAGUAGUGGCUGCUCAAAAGUUUUAGCUCUGCGGGUUUUCUCCCCUUCCCCAGAACGUUUGAUCUUGAAGAUGGUGAGUAGCCAGCCUAAGUACGAUCUAAUACGGGAGGUUGGCCGUGGCAGUUACGGUGUGGUGUACGAAGCGGUCGUCAGGAAGACCUCAGCACGCGUGGCGGUGAAAAAGAUUCGGUGCCACGCGCCAGAGAACGUGGAACUAGCUCUGCGCGAGUUCUGGGCGCUUAGCAGUAUCAAGAGCCAGCACCCCAACGUCGUUCACCUGGAGGAGUGCAUCUUGCAGAAAGAUGGCAUGGUGCAGAAGAUGUCCCAUGGCUCCAGCUCCUCCCUUUAUUUACAGCUUGUAGAGACCUCGUUAAAAGGAGAAAUAGCCUUUGACCCCAGAAGUGCUUAUUACCUUUGGUUUGUAAUGGAUUUCUGUGAUGGAGGAGACAUGAAUGAGUAUCUGUUGUCCCGAAAGCCCAACCGCAAGACCAACACCAGCUUCAUGCUUCAGCUCAGCAGCGCUCUGGCUUUCCUGCACAAAAAUCAGAUUAUUCAUCGCGAUCUCAAGCCUGACAAUAUUCUGAUCUCGCAGAGCAGGAUGGAUGCCAGUGACUUGGAGCCUACCCUGAAAGUAGCUGAUUUUGGGCUGAGUAAGGUAUGCUCGGCUGCAGGACAGAAUCCUGAAGAACCAGUCAAUGUAAAUAAGUGUUUUUUAUCUACUGCUUGUGGGACGGACUUCUAUAUGGCCCCUGAAGUCUGGGAAGGCCACUACACUGCCAAAGCAGACAUCUUUGCCUUGGGGAUUAUAAUUUGGGCCAUGUUAGAGAGAAUCACAUUCGUAGAUGCAGAAACGAAGAAAGAACUUCUGGGGAGUUAUGUCAAGCAAGGGACGGAAAUUGUGCCCGUUGGAGAGGCGCUUCUAGAAAACCCUAAAAUGGAACUGCUCAUCCCUGUGAAGAAAAAGUCUAUGAAUGCUCGAAUGAAGCAGCUCAUCAAGGAAAUGCUGGCCGCCAACCCGCAGGACCGCCCCGACGCUUUCGAGCUCGAGCUCCGCUUAGUCAACAUAGCUUUCAAGGACAGCGGCUGGGAGACGUGACCUGCCGCCGAGCCGUCCUCCCGAAAGAGCUGCUUCUGAUCCAACUGAUGGUGCCGUUUUUGUGUCAGUAAAAGAAGUAAGCCUGAGCUUGAACCAUCAGGGCUUGUUUUUCUUACGAGCAGGGUUUCUUUUGAGCUUCUUAAAUUAUGUGAGCUUCAGUUGGUCGCUCUGCUAGAGGUACUUUUAGGCGUGUGAUAGCAGGACGUUGCACACAAGUGUAAGAUGAAGAUGUUUGUCUAAGCUGGCGGCUGAAUGUAGUUAGAGCUGAGACUUGAUUUCCAGCGUUUUGUUGUGGAGUAUCUCACACAUUCCAGUUUCCUGUGUCAGUAUUAGGAAUUCUCAUGGGAAAAGAGGUUUGCAUGCUGGUAGUGCAAAUCCCUGGGCUCUGUACAGUAAUUCUGUUUAAAUACUUAAGUACACGAGAGUGACUGGGAGUGUAUGCCUGUCUGUAUUGUAUUCAUUAGAGAAAAUGCCACUUUUCUAAAUUAUUUACUAUGGGCUUGAAUGAUUGGGAUCUGCUGGAAAAAUGGGUGAGGAAGAUCACUGAGAAGCAUUCCUCUUCCAAAGCUGAAUAACUUUAUUUUUAUUAUCUAACAUAAGAGAUGGGAUCUAAAACUUGAAUAUGAGAGGGGGGGAAAAAGGCAAUGCAAAGGGAUCAGCAGUUUUAAAAGUGCUGAGAUGGUCGAGCUUAGCACUUGGAGCUUAAUGAGCUUAUCACUGAGGGAGUCAAACUACAAAUGGAUGCAUUCAGGUGCUGGCCCAUUGGCCAGGUCAUUAAUAAUUCAAUUUUGCUUUCUUCUAGUAAUCAAACACUUCAAUCAGUCAAGCUACUGUUUCAUAACCUGCCUGCUGCUCUUGGAGAGGGAAUCUGGCCGUUUCAGACGUUACUUUAAGGCUCUUCAAAAUACAACAGCGCUCUUUGUUACCUGGGCCUAACAAAGCGGUGGCCAUGGCCUCUCCCUGGCUUUCUGGCAUUGCUUGGUGACAAAGGGAUGGCUGUUGGUGGACUUCAAACACACCUAUUUUCCUGCAGGAGGGCUUAGUAAUCAGUACACGAGAAGGUGUUUGUUUUGUGCACUGACCUUGGCCACUGUUUGAGUUUGUUUUCCUCCUUUUCUUUUUAAAGUAGUAUUUAUUUAAAGCCAGGGAUCGUAGCGUGGUGACAUGAAGAGCUUUGCAGUAGUUGAAAGGCCACUGACCUGAUGAAGAGUUUUCUUUAAGGUUACCUAGCACUGUCGGGUAGAAGUUUUGUUCUUGCAGGAGUGAAGGAGAGAUUCUCCCAGCAGCUGCUGAUCCUCCCAACCCUCUGAUGCUUUAGACUUUGCUGCUUCUCACCUGCUUUUGUGCAGCCCAGCAGUUACUCAAGGUCCGUGUCCCAUGUCUGUUAUUUUGCUUCACUUUAUCCUUCGAGGCAAGUUACCUAAACUGUGAUUUAUUUAUAUAUUUUGGGACAAAUAUACCUUCCUGUCCCAAAGCAAUAUUGGCUGUUUAGGAGAUGCUAUGGAAGUACAAAGGAAUCAUCGGAAACCGCUGCGGUCCCGUGCCGAGUUGUUGGUGAACGCGGCCUCCUCCUAGUCGAGGCCUGUUACCUCCAUCAGUCCCAGUGCUGCUGCUUCCCAGCAGGGAGCUCAGCCCAUAAACACGGGGUUAGAGCCUAUAAAGUAAUAGUGACAAGGAGAGAUCUGUUUGUUCUUCCCUUCUGGAAGGGGAGAUCUGCUCGUCCUCAUGUUUUAUCCGAAUUCAGUACAAUGAAAAGCUUUGCCUUGUGCUUACUGAAAGGAGGAAAACAAACCUCUUGCCAUCUGCACCAGCUCUGUUUCACAGUCCUUGUGCUCGCGUGGUCGAGGAAAGAGAGUGCUGUAAACUCUCUUAACUUCCAUCUCGACCCUGGGAGUUUCAGAAACCCUCUACUAACUCCUUUUCUCUGCCAGGCACCCAAAAACCAGGAUCACCUCUUUUAUCUCAAUGUGAAUUUAUGGUGGAAUAACAGCACUAAUCUUUUAAAGCACUUUGCAAAUCAUCCGAUCAUCCUCCGUUUCCCGGGACGAGCACUUUGCCCUGCAAAGUCCUGACUCCCCAAGUGUUUCCUUGCACUGAUCGCCACUUUAAAGGAUGGGGGUACCUGAAAUCCCUCGCAUGGUGCUUAGCCUUGAUGCUGGGUGAUGCUGAGUGUUUUCUUGGUUACUGCUGCGUGACUGUCCUCGAGGUCUCUGCCGUUUGACUU